GUUGUUAGAAAGUUAAUGGCUGGGGGAGAAAGAUAUGCCUGUACUCUCGCUUCAGGGGAGUUUUUCGAUUUCCUGAAGUGAAAACACAUCAAUUCAGACAAUAUACAAGACGGUAGAUAACCCACUUAAUAUUUUUACCCAUCAACGUAUUGUUCUGACAAGAAUGCAGGAUGCAUUAGCCGGGACGGCUAUGCUGACGGACGGCUUUGAGGACGAGAUUGACUCGGUGACUCCACGGUCCCCAGCGGUAGGGAUGGGGGUAGGAGCAACACCAGGAGUCGGACUUGGGGGAAUAGGCAUUGGCGUUGGAGGAAAGAAAGUACGCUUGUUUAACGAGCCUGGUGGGCCUAGUGCAGACAGACUGGAUUUUAAACUAGCAGCGGCUGCAGUGCUUUCCUCUGGACCUGGGUCUGGCAGCGACGAGGACGAGGUUUCUGAGGUGGAGUCGUUCAUCCUGGACCAGGAGGACCUGGAUAACCCCAUCAUGAAGACGGCGUCCGAGCUGCUGCUGUCCAGCGCCACGGACGGGGUCGACCUUCGCACCGUCGACCCGGAGACGCAGGCCCGACUGGAGGCCCUGCUGGAGGCCGCAGGCAUUGGUAAACUGUCGACUGCGGAUGGUAAAGCCUUUGCAGAUCCCGAGGUGCUGCGGCGGCUGACGUCUUCAGUGAGCUGCGCGCUGGACGAGGCGGCGGCCGCCCUCACACGCAUGCGGGCCGACAACACGCUCAACGCCGGCCAGCCCGACAAUCUGGUUGUUUUCAGCCGGAGUUUGGCCGAGGCCUGUUCCGACGGGGACGUCAACGCCGUGCGGAAGCUGCUGGACGAGGGACGCAGCGUCAACGAACACACCGAGGAGGGGGAGAGUCUGCUCUGUCUCGCCUGCUCCGCCGGAUACUAUGAACUUGCACAGGUGCUCUUGGCCAUGCAUGCCAACGUGGAGGACCGGGGUAUCAAGGGCGACAUCACCCCCCUGAUGGCGGCAGCCAGCGGCGGGUACGUGGACAUCGUCAAACUGCUACUGGUCCACGGGGCCGACGUCAACGCACAGUCAUCUACAGGCAACACGGCCCUGACGUACGCCAGCGCGGGCGGCUUCGUGGACGUGGUGAAGGUGCUGCUGAAGGAGGGCGCCAACAUCGAGGACCACAACGAGAACGGCCACACGCCCCUCAUGGAGGCGGCCAGCGCCGGCCACGUGGAGGUGGCCCGCGUCCUGCUGGAGUACGGCGCCGGCAUCAACACGCACUCCAACGAGUUCAAGGAGAGCGCACUCACGCUGGCCUGCUAUAAAGGACAUCUGGACAUGGUGCGCUUUCUGCUGGAGGCGGGAGCAGACCAGGAGCACAAGACUGACGAGAUGCACACAGCGCUUAUGGAGGCUUGCAUGGAUGGGCACGUGGAGGUGGCCCGGCUGCUGUUGGACAGCGGCGCGCAGGUCAACAUGCCGGCCGACUCCUUCGAGUCGCCCCUGACGCUGGCGGCGUGCGGCGGCCACGUGGAGCUGGCCGCGCUGCUCAUCGAGAGGGGAGCCAACCUGGAGGAGGUGAACGACGAGGGCUACACCCCCCUCAUGGAGGCCGCCAGGGAGGGCCACGAGGAGAUGGUGGCACUGCUGCUGGCACAAGGUGCGAACAUCAACGCCCAGACGGAGGAGACGCAGGAGACGGCGCUGACGCUGGCCUGCUGCGGGGGCUUCCUGGAGGUGGCAGACUUCCUGAUCAAGGCCGGCGCCGACAUCGAGCUGGGCUGCUCCACGCCGCUCAUGGAGGCAGCGCAGGAGGGACACCUGGAGCUGGUCAAGUACCUGCUCGCCGCAGGAGCCAAUGUGCAUGCCACCACGGCGACGGGGGACACCGCGCUUACAUACGCCUGUGAGAACGGCCACACUGAUGUGGCGGACGUGCUGCUGCAAGCUGGAGCAGACCUGGAGCAUGAGUCGGAGGGUGGAAGGACUCCUCUGAUGAAGGCUGCGAGGGCAGGACACCUGUGUACCGUGCAGUUCCUCAUCAGCAAGGGGGCGAACGUGAACCGCUCGACAGCCAAUAACGACCACACGGUGGUGUCUCUGGCCUGCGCCGGUGGCCAUCUUGCUGUUGUGGAACUGCUGUUGGCUCAUGGGGCUGACCCCACCCACCGGCUGAAGGACGGCUCCAGCAUGUUGAUCGAAGCUGCUAAGGGGGGCCACACUAACGUGGUGUCCUACCUGCUAGACUACCCAAACAACAUCCUGUCAGUGCCCGCCCCCGACCUCUCCCAGCUCACGCCCCCCUCGCAAGACCCCUCUCAGGUCCCUCGUGUCCCAUUCCAGGCCUUGGCCAUGGUGGUGCCUCCCCAGGAGCCAGACCGUGUGCCCUCCACCGUCGCUAGCCCCCCACCCGCCUCAAGCAAAGUCUCGUCCAAGCAGAGACAGGCCGCCCUCCAGCCCGCCCCAAUGCCACCUUCCUCCUCCUCCUCCGUGUCGUCCUCCUCCCCUCCUGCCCCCUUGCCUUCCUCCUCCUCCUCUUCCUCCUCGUCGGACGCCCUGCCCCCGGCCUUCCACCCCUACCAGCCGCUGGACUGCAUCGUGGAGGAGACGGAGGGCAAGCUGAACGAGCUGGGCCAGCGCAUCAGUGCCAUCGAGCGUGCCCAGCUGCAGUCGCUGGAGCUCAUCCAGGGCGAGCCGCUCACCAAAGACAAGAUCGAGGAGCUCAAGAAGAGCCGCGAGGAGCAGGUGCAGAAGAAGAAGAAGAUCCUGAAGGAGCUGCAGAAGGUGGAGCGGCAGCUGCAGCUGAAGACGCAGCAGCAGUUCACCAAAGAGUACAUGGAGGCCAAGGGCCUGAAGGGGCCCGAGGCGGGCGGCUGCCAGGGGCAGUGCCCCGGCCCCGGGCAUGGCGGCGGUGGCCCGGUUGUUGGCGUCUGUCCCGCCGGCAUCGGCAACUCCUGUGCUGCCACCGUGGUCAACGCCCACCCACCUCCUCCUCCUCACCACCCUGGAGGCCACCUGCUGCCUUCCCCUCCUCCUCCUCCGCCACCCCCUCCGCACCACCACCAUCACCACCACCACCACCACCACCACGUACAACAGCCGAGGGACCCACCGGUGCCCACCGCGCUCCUCGAGAGCCUGGAGAAGGAGCUGGGCAGCCAGCAGCUGCUCCCGGAGGACGAGGAUGAGCAACAAUCACCUGGGGAGGAGGACGAGGAGGAGGAGGAGGAGGAAGAAGAAGAGGAUGAGGAGGAGGAGGAUGAAGAAGAAGAAGAAGAGGAGGAGGAGGAGGAAGAGGAGGAAGAAGAUGAGGAGGACGAGGAGGACGAGGUGGUGGACUCGGUCUACAGCCAGCUCCCAUCGCAGCAAGAGGCCUCAAUCAUCUACCACCACCACCACCCCCAGCAGCCUCAGCUCCAACAGCCACCCCCAGAUGACAGCACCUGUGCACAGCUCCAGCAGCUCCAGCAGCUCCAGCAGCAGCCCCUACCUCCGCCUCCCACCCCCACCCCCCAGCCUCAGCAGCCCCAGCUGCAGCAACUCCAGCAGGCCCAGCACCAACCUCCACCUCCGCCGCCUCCUCCCCCGGCGCUUCAGCCAGCCUACCCCCCUCCGUCUCUGCCUCCCCAGGCCUCGGACAUCUACCCCGGUGGGGCCAGUCCGGAGCUCCAGAGGGCCCUGGCGGCGGCCGCUCACACAGAGCAGCAGCAGCAGAUGGUUGUGGGCCAAGGACUCCUGACGCAGGCGCCCCCGCCUCCCGACGGCCUCAUGGUGGCCACGCCCGCCCAGACGCUCACCGACACACUGGACGACAUCAUGGCGGCCGUGAGCAGCAGAGUGCCUAUGCUGAACACUACCACCUCGCCCACGCCCCUCUCCCAGCCCCUGACGCAGACCGCCAACGGCCUCUCUCCCCCCUCCGCUCUGCCCCUCUACCCCUCUGUGGACAUCGACGCACAUACGGAGAGUAACCAUGACACGGCGCUGACGCUGGCCUGCGCUGGGGGCCACGAGGAGCUGGUGUCUGUGCUGAUCGCACGCGGAGCCAACAUCGAACACCGUGACAAGAAGGGUUUCACCCCGCUGAUCCUGGCGGCCACCGCAGGGCACGUGGGGGUGGUGGAGGUGCUACUGGUAAAGGGGGCGGACAUCGAGGCACAGUCGGAGAGAACCAAAGACACGCCUCUCUCCCUCGCCUGCUCCGGCGGACGCCAAGAGGUGGUGGAGCUGCUGCUGCUGCGUGGGGCCAAUAAGGAGCACCGCAACGUGUCGGACUACACCCCUCUCAGCCUGGCCGCCUCCGGGGGCUACGUCAACAUCAUCAAGAUCCUGCUCAACGCUGGUGCCGAGAUCAACUCCAGGACGGGCAGUAAGCUGGGCAUCUCUCCCUUGAUGUUGGCGGCGAUGAACGGCCACGUGCCGGCGGUGAAGCUACUGCUGGACAUGGGUUCCGACAUCAACGCGCAGAUCGAGACCAACCGCAACACGGCGCUGACCCUCGCCUGCUUCCAGGGACGUGCAGAGGUCGUCAGCCUGCUACUCGACCGCAGGGCCAACGUAGAGCACCGUGCAAAGACGGGCCUGACGCCCCUGAUGGAGGCUGCCUCGGGAGGCUACGCUGAGGUGGGCCGCGUGCUGCUGGACAAGGGUGCAGACGUCAACGCCCCUCCCGUCCCCUCCUCCCGCGACACCGCCCUCACCAUCGCCGCCGACAAGGGUCACUACAAGUUCUGCGAGCUGCUCAUCAACAGGGGAGCUCACAUCGACGUACGUAACAAGAAGGGCAAUACCCCGCUGUGGCUGGCUGCCAACGGCGGCCAUUUUGACGUGGUGCAGCUGUUGGUGCAGGCCGGAGCCGAUGUGGACGCCGCCGACAACCGCAAGAUCACGCCCCUCAUGGCUGCCUUCCGCAAGGGCCAUGUGAAGGUGGUGCAGUACCUGGUGAAGGAAGUGAACCAGUUCCCCUCUGACAUCGAGUGCAUGAGAUACAUCGCCACCAUUGCAGACAAGGAGCUGCUGAAGAAGUGCCACCAGUGCAUGGAGACCAUCGUCAAAGCCAAAGACCAGCAGGCGGCUGAGGCCAACAAGAACGCCAGCAUCCUGCUCAAAGAGCUCGACCUGGAGAAGUCCAGAGAGGAGAGCAAGAAGCAAGCUCUGGCUGCCAAGCGGGAGAAACGCAAGGAGAAGCGCAAGAAAAAGAAGGAGGAGCAGAAGAGGAAGCAGGAGGAGGAGGAGGAGACUCAGACCAAGGAGGAGGCCCAGGAGCAGGAGAAGGACAUUUGUGAUGAACCGGAGGUGCCCAUCGAGCCGCCAAGUGCCACCACCACCACGACCAUCGGCAUCUCGGCCACCUCUCCCACCUUCACCUCAGCCUUUGGCAAGAAGCGUGCCGGUACCACCACCGUAGCCAGCACAGGACGCAAGGGUCGUAAGAACAAGAGCAAGGAUCCUGGCGGUGAUACUGUCGUGGGCCUGCAGGAGGUGCCAGUGAGCCACCAUGGCGGCCCAGCAGGGGGCAGCAGCAAGCAGCUGAUCGGGGCCAAUGGAGACUCCGACCACCUGGACAACACGGACUGCACUAGCGAGAGCAGUGGCAGCAGCAGCAGCAGCAGUGGAGGAGGAGGUGGUGGGGGAGGAGAUAAGAACCACACCCACCACAACACCCCCACCACCAACAACCAUCUCCGCCACCCACCAGACACGCACCCCGCACUCUCCACCUCCUGCUCAUCCUCCUCCUCGUCAUCCUCAUCCUCCUCGUCAGGUGGAGGCCCCGCCAUCAUGUCCUCGGCCCCUACGCACGUCAUCAUGGCCGCGGAGAAGAGGCAGAGCGCCCAGCACGGCUCUUCACGCGACGACAAGGUCAUCGGAGCCAAGAAUCAGCAGAGGUCUCACGAGCAGACGGCUGCUGAUCUGGUGUCCAGCUCCAUGCCGGCGUCCUACAAGAGCAUCACGCUGCCGGUCACCUCCCCCAACAGCAAGCUCAGCAUGACCAGCCCCAAGAGGGGCCAGAAGAGGGAGGACGGCUGGAAGGAAGUCGUCAGAAGUCGACCGAUGAGGUUUCUAUCCUGUAGGUCCAAACGGCUCUCGGUGCCGGCGUCGGUGGUGUCUCGCAUCAUGGGGCGUGGCGGCUGCAACAUCACGGCCAUCCAGGACGUCACCGGAGCGCACAUCGACGUGGACAAGCAAAAGGACAAGAACGGAGAGAGGAUGAUCACCAUCAGAGGAGGCACGGAGUCCACCCGCCACGCCAUCCAGCUCAUCAACGCCCUCAUCCAGGACCCAGCCAAGGAGCUGGAGGACCUCAUCCCCCGAAACCACAUCCGGCCUCCGGGCUCCAAGCCAGGCACUGCUGCCUACGCCAGCACCGGCGGUGGAGGUCCCAACACCGUCUCCUCCUCCUCAUCCAUUGGUGGUCCUAAAGGCCAAGGUGUCCCCUCGGGCGCUUCUGCAAGCUUCCAAGCCUCAGCGGCGUCCGCUGCUGCUGCUGCCGCCGCUGCUGCCGCCGCACAGGCCGGGGGCAAAGCUGGCAAGGGUUUGACGUCGACCGGGUCGUCUGCCGCGUCAGGCAUGAGGCAGCCGUUCCCCGUGUCGCUCCCGCUGGCGUACGCCCAUCCUCAGCUGGCGCUGCUGGCCGCCCAGACCAUGCAGCAGAUCCGGCACCCGCGCCUCCCCAUGGCCCAGUUCGGGGGCACGUUCUCGCCCGCGGCCGCCGGCACCUGGGGGCCUUUCCCGGUCCGACCAGUCAGUCCCGGCAGCAGCAACAGCUCCCCGAAACACGGCACCGGCGCCGGUGGUCCCACAACCCCGUCGUCGUCAUCCUCCAACUCCAACUCUCGUCCUUCUGUGUCCUCUGCUGCUACGCCCACCUCCUCUGCCUCCCUGGCCGACCAAGUGGCCUCCAACACUAACUCAAGCCCCAGCGUCUCCGCCGCCGGCGUGGUCGCUGCGUCUCCGAGUAACAGUGGCGCUGGUGCCUCGCACAGCCAGCCCACGCCCUCGUCCGUUAGGAAGCAGCUCUUCGCCAGCACGGCCCACCCCAAGACCCCCAGCACGUCAGUCACUUCCCACGCGGCGGCCGCCAUGACUAGCGGCCCCAGUGGUGGCGCUAAUAGCGCUGCCUUCUCUUCAUCAUCCUCCUCUUCCUCUUCUUCUUCGCUGCUCCAUCACCCUCAUCAUCCUCAUCACGCGGCCGUGACCUCGGCUCCCUCGAAUGCACCUUCCUCCUCCCUGCCGGCCCCCAUCGCUCCCCCCAUACAGACGUCCAAGGCGGCUCCCAAGAUGGCCGAGAGUAGCGCGUCCGUGGCUCCCAUCGGCAAAGAGAAGGCCGCACCUCCAUCCGAGCCCCUGGCUGUACCCUUGGCGUCCGAGCCCACAGCGGUGACAUCAGGAGGAGGCGCAGGGGAUUUCCCCACGCCACUGGCUGCCGCCGGCAAGCCUGAACUCCCAACGCCACCACAGCCGUCUGGGAUGCCCUUCACCUCCACCUCCGACGCCUCUCUGCCUACGCCCAUGCAGGCCUCCAGCCUGCCUCCUGCUCCCCCAUCCUCCUCCUCCUCCUCCUCCACCUCCCCCUCGGCCAGUCAGGCUCGCGGUGGUCCGCUGGGUAACAACAGCACGAAUCACGCAGCCGCUGCAGCUGUGGGCGCGUCUCAGUUCUGCCCACCGGCCCCGCGCAUGUCUCACCGCAUGCAGCAGCUGGCGGCCUCCUCACACUACGGCCCGGCGCUCUCCGAGCAGCAGCAGCAGUCGCUCCUGAUGUCACUCGGUGCACAGCAAGAGCCACAGAAACCCCAACAACCCACGCAGCAGCAGCAGCAGUCCACACUACCCCCCCAGGCCCAACACGCACCUCCCCCAAGCCUGGCCCCCCAACACCAACACCAACAUCCCCCACCUCCACCCCCACCUCAACUCCAGAUGUCCUCUUCAUCCUCCUCUUCUGCUGCUGCCUCAGCUGCAAGCCUCGGCCUAAUAAACGGUCAACAUCAGCAGCAGCAGCAUCAAUUGCACAUGUCUCACGGUGGUCCGAAAUCUCAACAGCAGCAGCAGCAGCAGCAGCAGCUACCGCCUAACUACGGCCCAACGGCGCUCUUCAACCAUUUCAGCAGCAUGUUCGAGAAUAGCCAGGUGGGCUCCAACCAGGUGUGGGGCGCGUGCCACCUGCCCACGCGCUCGCCUCCCGAGCAGCAACAGCAACAGCAGCAGCCCCCGCAGCAGCCCCACUACUCGGCUGCCGGCCACCCGCCCAGCGCCGCCGCCUACCUGGGCAUGGGCAUGGGACAGAUGGACGCCAGCGGGGUCGGGAUGGGCGGGCCAAUGCCACCGCCGCCGCCGGACAGCUCCAAGGCGCCCGGAUACCGGUCCGCUUCGCAGAGGAUGGUGCCCAGCUCAAUCGCUCUGCACCCCCUGGACCCGGUGGCCAGCUCCAUCUCGUCCUCGGCUGCGCUGACCAGCCUGGCCAACUCCACCUCCAUCUCCGGCAGCGCAGUCUAUCUGCACGGGCCCAGCGCCGCCACCGCACCCUCCUUCAACCGACAGCAUUUCUCACCGCACCUCUGGGGUGCCUCCGGCUCAUGUGAGUCUGCGGUCCCCACGGUGUCAUCGGGCGUCUCCUCCCCGCUUACCGCUGCCUCCUCGGCCCCGCCCCACCAGGCCAAGCCGCCGGGCUCCGUGUCGGGUCACCUGGACCGCAAGGUUCCGCCGCCCAUCGGCACGGAGCGGCUCGCCCGGAUCCGCCAGACGGGCACAGUCAACCCGCCGCUGCUCACCACCAGCUACACGGCACCCGUCGGCCAGGGAGGCAUCUGGUCUUUCAGCGUUGGCAAUCCCUCUGCAGAGCCGGUGUCUGGCUGGUCCCAGCCGCUGAUGAGUAGCCACCUGUUGCAGCAGCAGGCGCAGGAGGCUGCGGCGGCCGCCGCCUUCUCCCAGCACCAGCCCAUGGAGCAGGAUGACACAGGCAUCGUGGCCCCCUCCAACAGCUUCCACCAACAGCUGCCCAACAACCUCAUGGACUUCCCCAAGGGAAUGCCCAUGUCGAUGUACGGUGGGACCAUGAUGGGCCCUCAUGGCCCCAUGGUGGAGGGCCCCGGGGGUCCCAUCUAUAACGGCCUGCACACCUCAGACCCCGCCUGGAGCCCCGUCAUCAAGCUGGUCCCCAACUCCGCAGAGAGCUCCGAUCCUCAGCAGGUCUGGCCAGGUACUUGGGCCCCCCACAUUGGGAAUGUGCAUUUGAACCACGUCAACUAGACCACAAUACUGGCAACCACCUUCAAAAGCAUAUGUCCAAAAUUAACAGAAAAAUACUCACUUUAAAGCGAACAAGAGGAAAAUAAAAAUCACAAGACAAAACCUUAGUAAUGUGGGCAAGUAACAGAGUUAAGAAUUGUUAAAGAAAAGAAGAGAAGAAAAACAUACUCUGUUUUUUUUGUUUUUGUUUUGUUUUUUUGUUUUAUUUUUGACGUGCCUAACUCAAAAAAUAAAAUAAAAAGGAAUCCAGUGUGGGACGUUA